AUGGACAACUUCUACGAAUCAACCGACAGCAUCAGUGAAGCUCAACGAAUCUUCAACGACCUGCGAUAUUUCCUUCAGACCGGUAGCUUCAAUCUAACAAAGUGGAUAACAACCAAUAACGACAUCCUUGCAUCAAUUCACGAAGAACAUCGAGACAUCAGUUUUGACGAACUUCUCGACAAAACUACUACCAAACGAGUUUUAGGAAUUCAGUGGGACAUCGCCAGCGACUCACUUGUUUUCUGGCCAAACAACUUCUACGACCUGCUGAAAAAGAAACGAACUCAAUGGAAUCUACUUCACACUUCAUCAUCAGUGUUCGACCCAAUAGGAAUUGCCGCGCCCUUUACUAUUCCCCUCCGCAUUUUGCAGCGAAGUGUUUGGAGACAAGGACUCUCAUGGGACGACCCUCUCAGCAACGGCAACCUGCCAGAAUUUUUCACACUACUAAGUGAAAUCAACCAGCUGCAAGUAGUGAGCAUUCCUCGCCAGUAUUUUUUUCAUAAGUACUCAAAACUUUCUCUGCAUGUUUUUUCUGAUGCUUCCUAUGCCGCUCUUGCUUUAGUCGCAUAUAUCGUUUACAUAGAAGAGAUCACAAACCAAAGAAGUAUAUCGCUUGCUCUUGGAAAAGCUAGAGUUGCACCGUUAAAGCAGCAUGCGAUAACCAAGCUGGAAUUACAAGCAGCCUUGAUAGGAUCCAGACUUGUAAAGUUCAUCAAGACUCAUUCAUCAAAGUUCAUCAAGACUCCAGCCUAUUUAUUUACUGAUAGCAGCACAGUUCUUCAAAGGAUACAUGGACCUGAUAAAAGACAGCAAAUAUUUGUAGCCAACCGUGUUGGAGAAAUAUUAGACCUUCCCUUAGCUUCGCAGUGGAAAUACUGCCCAGGAAACCUUAACCCUGCAGACGACGGCACUCGAUGA